CAGUGUUUUACAAUAAAAAUUCAGGGAACAGACGAAGCAGCGAUGCUACUGUCCCUGAGUCAACUGAGGCUACUCAUGCAGACCUCGACAACUUCGAUGACCUCGGUCCCGAAGCCGUUGAAGUACCUACGAAACUCUUACGACUCCUUGAAGACCGCGUAUAACAAGAUCCAGCGUAAGGACGUGAGGCAGCAAUUCGCAGAAGUUCUGAGCGUGCUCUCGAUGGCUGGAGCAGUUCCAGGGUGUAAGGAGUGUCUGGAGUAUUGUAUCCAAGGAAAUGUGGUGAAUCCUGGCGAAUGGGGCCACGAGUACGUGAGACAAUUAGAGGCGGAAAUCAUCGACGAGUGGUCGACCGCCCCUGCCAGGGACGAGCAACGAAUAAGAAAUCAACUCACGUCGUUGGUGAAAAGUAUCGUGAAAUUCGACAUAAAACACAAUGCAGAGAUACCUGGCUGCGAUCUGUGUCUGGAGAUCGACCAGCUGAACUUUCUCGGCGAUUACUUGGACAGCACGAAUUUCCGGCGAGUCUGUCGAUACUUGGAAGGCUGCGCGGCGUAUAGCGAGGACACGGAGAGAAAGCAAAUACUGAAAAUCGUGGCUGAUCAGUAUCUGAGAUUCAAGGAGUUCUGCAAGGCUACCUUGGUAGCUCUGGAACUGUCCGAUUCGGACCUGGUGCAGAAGUGUUUGACCACUUGUCCUGACAGCGUGACGCGGAAACAGUUGGCAUUUAUGCUCGCCAGACAGCGGGACAAUCCUCUGAAGAUAGAGUACGAAGGUGACGAUGCCAAGGACAUCGAACUGAUCUUGAGUAACGGUCACGUGAACAGCCAUUUCCAGUUACUCGCCAGGGAAUUGGAUAUACUGGAGCCUAAACAUCCGAACGAUAUCUACAAGAUCUGGUUGGAAACAAGCACGUUAAGAAUGGCCGAACAUGAUUCAGCAAGAGCCAAUCUGGCAGCCAGCUUCGUCUCUGGCUUUGUUCAUGCUGGCUUUGGCCAGGAUAAACUAAUGGCUAACACGGAGGAUUGUUGGGUGUACAAGAACAAGGAUCAUGGGAUGCUAUCUGCUACUGCCUCCCUGGGCCUGAUACACAUGUGGGACGUGGACGGCGGUUUGGUACCCAUAGACAAAUACCUUUACACAAGUGAGGACUAUAUAAAAUCUGGAGCAUUACUCGCCAUAGGUCUCGUAAACUGUGGCGUUCGCAACGAAUGCGACCCAGCGCUGGCUCUUCUCAGCGAUUACGUGUCCCAUAACAGUGCAACGCUCAGAAUAGGAGCAGUUUUGGGACUAGCCGUCGCCUAUGCGGGUUCAAGGAGGUUCGACGUUACUGAAUUGUUAACUGGCGUCUUCACGGACAAAGAAAGUACCAUGGAGGUUGUAGCGUUGAGCGCGAUAGCGAUAGGACUGAUAAAUGUUGGUUCAGCUGAUCCUGACGUGUCCUCGACGAUUUUGCAGAAACUGUUGAACCUUACUCGUCAAGAAUUGUCCAACACCCACUCUAGAUUUUUACCACUGUCGUUGGGGUUGGUCUACAUGGGCUGUCGAGAUGUAAUAGAAGCUCCUUCCGCGGCGUUGGAAGUUUUACCGGAUCCAUACAAAUUGACUUCGCAGACGAUGCUACAGGUAUGCGCGUAUGCUGGCACAGGCGACGUGUUAAUAGUGCAAGAAUUACUACGAAUUUGUUCAGAACCUGUUAACGGCGAGAGUGUACCAAUCACACCAGUGAGCACUUCUUCAAUCAGCUGCCACGGUCAGGGACUUGAAACUACGAAGUCUAGUGAGAAGAAAGACAAAAAGAACGCCAAGAAGGAAGAAUCCAAGUACCCAGAAAUUGGAUCAACGCAAGCUAUAGCCGCUCUGGGUGUCGCUAUGGUUGGUCUGGGGGAGGGUGAAGAGAACUCGCGAAUCUUUGGACAGAUAGGAAGAUACGGCCCUAUAUCCGCAAGGCGAGCAAUGCCUCUAGCUCUGGGCUUGUCUUUCUUGUCGAACCCAGAUCUAUCGGUUCUGGACGUGCUGAACAAAUACAGUCACGACAACGACAGCGACGUGGCGAACAACGCGAUCUUUGCGCUUGGUCUGGUCGGUGCAGGGACCAACAACGCCCGUCUUGCUAUCAUGUUGAGGCAGUUGGCCUGCUACCAUGCGAAGAAUCCUUCACACCUGUUUCUCGUAAGGAUAUCGCAGGGUCUGGUCCAUCUUGGCAAGGGUACACUGUCCAUAUCUCCAUUGCGUUACGCCUCUAAAGUAUUGGAUCAAGCUGCACUCGCUGGGCUGCUGGUAGUCCUGGUCUCGUUUCUGGACUGUCGUAACCUGAUCCUGGGCAAAUCUCAUUACUUAAUGUACUGUCUGGCUCUCGCGAUGGAACCUCGAUGGCUGGUGACUUUAGACGAGAAUUUACAGAGUCUACCAGUGUCAGUGAGGGUUGGACACUGGGUGGACAUCGUGGGCAAGGCUGGGAAUCCAAAAUCCAUUUCGGGCGGCUACGUCCACACAACUCCCACCCUUCUGUCAUCCGGUGAAAGGGCGGAACUUGCUUUGGACGAAUACGAGGCGGUGUCCAGCGUGUUGGAAGGCUUCGUUAUUCUUCGGGAAAAGCCGAAUUCUUCUUAAACUGAAUAUAAAAACGUCGGGACACACGAUUCCGAAAUACGAUAUACGAAAUAAAUUUUU